GAGAGUAGCCCUUCGGAGAUCGCCAUCUUGGUCAACAAGGCGAAGGUGUGUGUGCGUGCACGGGAAGGCACACAUACACACUCAUUCGCCUGUGGGAAUGAAUGUCUGCUCAGGCUGUUUCUGUGGGGGCGUCGCCAGAAGAUGGCGGCCAGGUGAAGAGAUCGGCCGAGGGCGAGGCCAAGGGGGCGUCGGGCAGCGGCAGGCAGCCGGGUCUCAGGCAGCCCUUGCUCGCCUUCGCCUCCAUACCGGUACGUGCGUAAAGCAAUCAGGCAGGCAGGCAGGCAGAUACACGACACGCGCCCAAACUCGUCCUUCGAUCUGCUCGGUGUGUGUCUUGGGUCCGUCUUCCGUCACUCAGUAUGACGUGCUGGCUUUGACGUUGGCCUUGCUGCCCCUAGACCUCCUCUCUGCUGCGGCAGGCGCCUCGCUCACGCCCGUCGACACUCGAGAGUGGGAGGUGCUGGCCGCCAACUACACCCACCUCAUCAUCGACCACGACGACACCAGUGCGACCUUCUUCGAGAAGCUCUCCUUCGCGGCGGCUUACGAGUGGGGCAGACGGCUGCCGCACCUCAGGAGCAUCACAGUGCGCCAUCCCCGCCUGCUGGCGGCAUGGUGUCUUCGUGUCGUCAUCGGCAUCGUGGAGGGCCACGCAGAGGCGCGGGCAGCACUGGUGGCGGGGCGGCGGGAGGAGGGGCGGCCCAUACCUGAGGGCUCACUCGAGAGCGUCACCUUCGAGCCAGACGAGGACGAUGAGGAGGACAUAGAGGAGGCUGGCAAGGACAGCGAGAGCUUCAGGGAGGACCAUGAGUUGCCCCCCGACGAGACGCAAAAGGCGAGAGCGGGUAUCAACAAGGCCCUGUCGCUGCUGCCCCGUCCCUCCACCCCAUGCCCGUAUCUGCCAGCCGUCAGGAGCAUCGUCGGCCUAGCCAAGGACCACCACGCAAUGGCCGAUCGAGAGUGGCAGACGCCUGCUCUCGAGAUGGUGACUGAGACUGUGGUGACCGAGCAUGAUUGCGUCCAUGGAGUGACCUACGGUCUGGACAUGACCACACUGGGCAAGAUCAUCCAGACAUCCGAGCGGCUGCAGGAGCUAGUGGUGACGAUGGAACCUGACCCCUUGGCGGAUGCCCUGUCCAUGGUCCCACUGGUGGCAGUGGGGGAGGGGGGGCGGCUGGCCGGCCUGAGAUCGAUCGGCACACUGCUGAUCGACGGUACGGAGAGUCAAGACGCAGGACUGA